AUGCCCGGAAAUCCAUGGGGCCCCUACGGCUUUGGCUCUUCUCGAGUUUCUUUGGCACCCUCAACGAAAUCCCGAGGCUCAACAUUCAUUGAAGAAAUUCGUCACGAGGUACUCGUCAACCACCUCUUCCAGCAGCAAUGUAUGGCGCGGUGGAUUGGAGAUGGUGCUGGUGAGCGUGAGGGUGUGCUUGUUCGAAAGUGCAAGGGACACUAUCUCACAUGUCCGGCCAGCCUUGUCCACUCGGCUUUGGCUGAUGGAUGCGUUGCAUUGAACGUCCCAUGUGCCAUGACUGUCAACAGCAGGGUGAUCAAGACCUUCCUUGCAUGGUCCGAUGCUGUCGACGUGCCUCUGAAGAAUGGACUGCGGGUACAGGUCAUACCCACUUUGGAAGAUCUUCCACGGGCGAGAAAACUUCAAUUCGCAGCGUUCGUUGCUCAAGACGGAUUGCUUGUUGUCUGGGACGAUGAUGCUGCAAACCUCAUCCCCCGCGCUCAGUCGAUCGAAAGUGAGCUAAUUGAUGUGGUUUGGAAUACCGGAGAUUCCAGUGACGAGGACGAAGACGCGUCCAGCGGCAAUGAAAAGAAAGUUCCUCGCGUCACGGCCCAGAGUGUUGAUGAAGAAAGCGGCGAGGCCGCUCGUCUGGAGCGGCCUACGAAUCUCAUGAACACUGUGCUUGUCUCAAUUACUCUAUUCCUCAUCACAAUUAUGCUGGGCGCCGGCUUCCGACAGAUUGCGAUUGAGUUGAUGGUCGACAAGUCGUAUCUGCGGCUGGCUUUCCUCGCCCUGACUCCGGUUCAAGUCUUCUUCACAUUAUUCUUUGCACAGGUGAUUGUUGGAUGCAUUGCACAAGUGCUCGGACCUAUUCGACAGAUGACGGAGAACAGUCGCUUCUACUCCGCAAUGCUUCCAAUGAGGCUUACACAUCGGCCCCUACCGCACGUCACGAUUCAGUGCCCAGUGUACAAAGAAGGCCUGGGAUCUGUCAUUGCGCCGACUGUGAAAUCCAUCAAAGCGGCCAUCUCAACGUACGAAAUGCAAGGUGGGAGCGCCAACAUCUUCGUCAACGACGAUGGACUCCAAAUCCUUGAUGAACAGGAGCGUCAGGAUCGCAUUGAUUUUUAUGCCGACCAUUGCAUCGGCUUCACGGCUCGUCCAAAGCAUGGUUCUGAAGGAUUCGUGCGCAAAGGAAAAUUCAAAAAGGCCUCCAAUAUGAACUUCGGCUUAAUGCUCUCCAACAAUGUGGAAGCGAAGCUAGCAAAAGUCCAGCGUGAUUCGAACUGGACCCAAAACGACGAGGCCGUCGAAUAUGAGAGAUGUCUGCGAGAAGUGCUUGAAGAGCAUGGACGAGCUUGGGCUGACGGCAAUAUCCGUCUCGGCGACUACAUUCUGAUCAUCGACUCGGACACGCGGGUUCCCGUCGAUUGUCUCCUCGAUGCUGUCAGUGAAAUGGAGCAGUCUCCGGACGUCGCCAUCAUGCAAUUUGCUUCGGGCGUGAUGCAAGUGGUUCAUACCUUUUUCGAGAACGGCAUCACCUUUUUCACGAACUUGAUCUAUACGGCGAUCAAGUACACCGUUAGUAACGGUGAUGUAGCGCCCUUCGUUGGCCACAAUGCAAUUCUCCGUUGGUCGGCAAUCCAGGAAAUCGGCUACUUCGACGAGGAUGGCUACGAAAAAUUCUGGUCCGAAAGUCAUGUGUCCGAGGAUUUCGAGAUGUCACUCAAGCUUCAGUGCAAUGGCUACAUUAUUCGCCUUGCUGCAUGGGCGGGGGAAGGUUUCAAAGAAGGCGUUUCUUUGACUGUGUACGAUGAGCUUGCCAGAUGGGAAAAGUAUGCAUAUGGUUGCAACGAGUUGCUCUUCGAGCCAAUUCGAACCUGGCUUUGGCGAGGACCUUUCACGCCGCUCUUUCGCAAAUUUCUGUUCUCCAACAUCCGCAUGACCUCGAAAAUCACUAUCAUUUCGUAUAUCGGCACCUACUACGCAAUCGGAGCCGCAUGGAUUUUGACGGUGGCCAAUUACUUCGCCAUCGGAUGGUUCAACGGGUAUCUCGAUAAAUACUACAUCGACUCCUGGAAAGUCUGGUUCUCGAUCGUCAUUGUUUUCAACGGUCUCGGCAACUUCGCGCUGGCAACGAUGCGGUACAGGAUUGGCGAGCGAUCGUGGAUAGGCUCCCUACUCGAGAACGUCAAGUGGACUUUCAUGCUCGCAAUUUUUCUCGGAGGUCUGUCGCUGCAUGUCAGCCAGGCUCUACUCAGUCACAUGUUUGAGAUCAACAUGACUUGGGGCGCAACUUCCAAGGAGGCUGAGUUCUCCAAUUUCUUCAUCGAAGUGCCCAAGGUGCUCAACAAAUUCAAAUACAGCAUGGGCUUCGCAUUACUCGGAAUCGUCACCAUGAUAGUACUCGCCGUGGGCAGCUUCAUUCCCUACAGUUGGCGGAUUCAAGACUUUAUCGCCAUUCUUCCGAUGUCCACGGUCUGCGUCAGCCAUUUCUUGCUGCCGAUCGCGCUCAAUCCGGCGCUGAUGACGUUCACUUUUUAG